GCAGUUGCAGGUGAAUGUUUAUUUUACUUGCAGCAACUUGCAGUCAGUUGCAAAAUGUGUUCCCGAGCAGUUGUCAUUGUUCUAGCGUUGACUCGCGCGCUGGAGGUGGCGUGCCUGAAGAACUUUCCUCCAGGAUUCCGUUUUGGGGCCGCGUCAGCCGCCUACCAGAUAGAAGGAGGCUGGAAUGUCAGUGAUAAAGGAGAAAGCAUCUGGGACCACAUCGUCCACACCCGACCAGGCUUCGUUGCCGACCUCAGCACGGGCGACGAGGCCUGCGACUCAUACCACCUUUGGGAGGAAGACCUAAAGAUCCUAGAGGAGUUAGGGGUGGACUUCUACAGGUUCUCCAUUAGCUGGCCCCGUCUCCUCCCGAACGGUUUUUCUAACCACAUUAGCGAAGAUGGCUGCCGCUACUAUAGCGCCCUCAUCGAUGGCCUACUUGCCCGGGGCAUAGCCCCUGUAGUGACCCUCUACCAUUGGGAUUUGCCGCAGAACCUUCAGAACCUUGGAGGCUGGACGAACCCCCUCGUAGUAGAAUGGUUUGCUGACUACGCUCGUGUGGCCUUCUUCCUCUUCGCUGACCGCGUCAACACCUGGAUUACCAUCAACGAGCCAUGUUUCGUCUGUGACGGCGCCUACAGGGACAUUAUCGCUCCGGGGUUGAAGGACCACGAGAUAGGAGCGCUGUUGUGUACGAAACACGUCCUGCUCGCGCAUGCUGUGGCAUACAGGAUAUAUGAUGAGGAAUAUAAACCUAUAUAUGGCGGCGAAGUAUCUAUCACGAAUCAGGAGUUUUGGUUGGAGCCGAAAACAGAAGCUGACUUGGAGUUGACUCUAUUGGCCAGAGAAUAUGCUUUCAGCCGCUACACUUACCCCAUUUUUUCCGCGGAGGGGGGCUGGCCGCCCACUCUGAAAGCGUACAUGGCACGGAAGAGUGAGCAGGAGGGAUACCCACGCUCCAGGCUACCUGCUCUUACACCUGAGGAGAUCCAGAUGAUAAAAGGUUCGUUCGAUUUCUUCGCGCUCAACCACUACACGUCACGCACAGUGCGCGCACUAAAGCCCGGCGAGCAGCCCGGACACUACAUGUUCGAGAGUGUUGAAGAGGUCGGCGCUGUGCUGGAGAGCAAGGAACAGUGGGCCAGCGACGGGUCAGAGUGGCUUAAGGUGAAUCCAGAAGGGCUCCGGCACAACCUGAACUUGACGCGUCAGCUGUACGGCGACGUGAGGAUUCUUAUCACCGAAAACGGGUGCUCCAGCGCGGACACCCUCAAUGAUACGGGGCGGGUCAGCUACAUCCGCGAUUAUUUGGAACAGGUACUUCUAUCCAUAGAGGAUGGAAUAAAAGUGAUUGGCUACACGGCUUGGUCACUCAUGGAUAAUUUCGAAUGGCGAGAUGGAUACCAGACUCGUUUCGGUCUGCACGCCGUGGACUUCACCGACCCGCGGCGCACGCGCACCGCUAAAGCGUCAGCCAAGUACUACAGAAACGUCAUGCGUUCCCGCUCGUUACACGUAGAUCAUAAGAUCGAACUAUAAGCUUAAGUGUGUGUAUAUGUGACUGUUUGUGUUCUAAAUAAACUGAAAAAAAAAGACCCCGGCAAGCUCGGUUUUUUUUAUUUUAUUUUCCAUACAAACGUAGUUCCGCUCUCAUUUUAAAACGACUAGCUAGAUUGCUCUGAAACUUUGUACUUACAAUAGCAUAAGGUAUAUCUAUGUCUGUAAUUAGUUUAUGUAGCUUCAGAAUUCAGAUACCAUAGUUAAAAAAAAUAAAGCGAAUUUAAGUUUUUCAUACAAAACUUGUUUUUGCUCUAUUUCGUUUGUUUUAUAAACUGGAGCUAUAAAAACUAAUUUCAGACCUAGAUAUACCUCAUGUGAUUGUAUGUGCAAAGUUUUAUUACAAUCCAACACGUAGUUUUAAAAUGAGAGCGGAACUACGUUUGUAUGGGAAGGUACAAUUCGGCCGAGCUCGCCAGGGACUCUCAAGGCCUAGUGGGUUCAGAGCACGGGGUCCCUUUGUUUGACAUAAUUAUUGAAAGUCAUAAUGUAAAGAUUGUCAUAUUAUCAUUAGUGAUAAUUCUGAAACUAUUAACUUUUCAGGAUUUUCCUCGGGUUAUCCUAUAGAUAGGUUAGGUUAGGUUAGGUUUGUUUUAUGGCAAUCCUGAAAAGUUACGCGUUUCUGAGAAAAACCAAAUUAUGACUAAU